GAAGGUUAAACUUAACCUUAUUCUAACCAACUCUCGUUAAAACGUGAUCUGAUUUUGAAUAAGUAUUUCAAAAGGAGCUAUUGUUAAGUGUCUUAAAAAGUGAAUUGUAGUGUUGUUAAGUAAACUUAAUUGCAUCUUGAACGUUUGUUGACAUUAAAUUAUCCGAAGACGAAAAUACCAAUGAACUCGAGUACAUGCUCCUUGUAUUAUAUGUAACAAUUCACUGUAUUAAGAGUUUUAUAAGGGAAAUUAAUUGAUGAGGACAAGAAAAAAUGGCAAAACGACCAGAACAUUUAGCUCCACCUGAAGUGUUUUAUGGUGAAACUGAAGCUCGCAAGUACACACAAAGCUCUCGAAUGAUGGAUAUACAAGAACAAAUGUGUAGACGUGCUAUAGAGCUUCUUUUGUUGUCAGAAGAGAGAACUAGUUUACUUCUGGAUAUUGGCUGUGGUUCUGGUCUAAGUGGCAGCGUAAUUGAAGAAUGCGAACACGUGUGGAUAGGAAUUGAUAUAUCUUCGGCAAUGCUUGGUGUAGCUUUGGAAAGAGAAGUUGAUGGAGAUUUAAUUUUGGGAGAUAUGGGCCAAGGAAUGCCAUUUAGAGCCGGAAGUUUUGAUGGGGCAAUUAGCAUUUCAGCUCUGCAGUGGUUGUGCAAUGCUGAUAAAAGUUCACAUAAUCCAUCAAAACGUCUGUAUAAAUUUUUUUCCACAUUGUUCUCGUGUUUGUCAAGAUCUGCCAGAGCUGUAUUUCAGUUUUAUCCUGAAAACAGUGAACAGAUCGAACUAGUUACGACACAAGCAACAAAGGCAGGCUUUUAUGGAGGUGUAGUCAUUGAUUUUCCAAAUAGUACUAAGGCAAAGAAGUUUUUUUUAGUUUUAAUGACAGGUGGACCUGCUGCUCUACCACAAGCUUUAGGCAUCGGCGAUGAUGACUCAGUUAUUUCUUAUGCAUCUAGAAGAGAGCAAAUUAAGAAAGCCAGAGGUAAACCGUUAAAAAAGAGCAGAGAUUGGAUUGCCGAAAAGAAAGAAAGACGAAGAAAGCAGGGAAAGAAAGUGAGAGAAGACUCGAAGUAUACUGGAAGGAGAAGAUGUAAUAAAUUUUAAUAUACAAUAGUUUUU